AUGGAGACUUGCCCAAAUAAUACGAAUAUACCUUCAAGAAAAGGAUGGGAGAGGAUGUUGAGUUGCUUUUCCCUCGUAGCCACUCGACGUUCAUGUGUUUACUUGAGUGAUUUGGAGGAGGGAGAAGCGGAGGCAGUAAGCGAGAGAAAGGCUAUGAUGAAGAGCCAUGUUGAACAGGUUUUAAGGAUCAAAGGUGUUGUCGAUGAGGAGAAGACACUGGCUUUUCAUUUGGAGCCCAAGAGUGUGGUUCUAAGGGUAUCAAUGCACUGCACUGGAUGUGCAAAGAAAAUGGAGAAGCACAUCUCAAAGAUGUCGUUGAAAGUGGACUUGGAGAAACAGGUGGUAGUGGUUUUUGGAGACAACAUCACUCCAUUUGAAGUCCUCAGCGGUAUAUCAAAGGUUAAAUUUGCAGAAUUGUGGCUGGACACUAGUUAA